AUGGCUCUCACUUCCAACUCUACUGUCAAACGAGAUUUAACCGAAGAAUUGCGAGAUGAAUUCUACUCGAGUACAUAUCGUAAAGUUUUUGUUCCAACAAAAAUUCCUCUCUAUCAUCGUAAAAGAGUUUGCAACAUUUUAUUCUCGAUCCAAGAAGGAUCCGGAUUCAAAAAGAAAACUUCACGAUUUGAUGUUUCAUUUAACGGAGGAAUGAAUCAGACCUAUCCUGUCACUGAAAAUAAACAAAUGUCAAGUCGAAAUUUAGAAGAAGUUCAAUGGAUUCCAAAAUUUGGACAACAAUUAAUUAGAUUUCAAAAUAUAUUAAAUUUGGAACAUGGAGCUCAAGUGAAAAUUCUAUUUUUCACUCCGAAUGAACAAACAAAUAGUGGAGAAGUGCAAUUAGGAAGAGUCUUGAUUGAUUUAUUUGAUAAAAAUGUAUUUAAUGAAGUGACGACAAAAACAAAUGGUGACACCAUGGAAACACGUGCUUCGUAUGAUGUGUUGGAUUAUGAAAAUAAGGUCGUUGGAAGAGUGAGUGUUUACAUUCAAGCAGAAAAUUUAAUUCAAAAGAAGUAA